AUGGCAGGAAAGAAGAAAGAAGUUCAACUACAGGUAGUAAUAACCAAUCAAAGUCAAUGGGAUGAAAUGUUGCUGACUAAAGGUGUAACAGUAAUAGAUGUUUAUCAGGCUUGGUGUGGGCCUUGCAAAGCUGUGGUAAAUUUAUUCAGAAAACUAAAAAAUGAGCAUGGUGAAGAUGACCUUUUGCAUUUUGCUGUGGCAGAGGCUGACAGCAUUGUGACCCUGCAGACAUUUAGAGACAAAUGUGAACCUGUUUUUCUCUUUUGUGUUGGUGGCAAAAUUAUAGCAAUGGUGCGAGGCACAAAUGCACCACUUCUCAGUAAGACAGUAAUAAAGCUAUUAGAAGAAGAGAGGAAAAUUUUAGCAGGGGAAAUAGAACGCCUUGAGGUACCAGAGAUUGUGUUUUUAGAAGAGAAAACAUCAGACGUAUAUAGUGAAGAAAGCCAACUUGAAGAAGGAGUCAUAUACACUGUUGCAGUUAUAAAACCUGAUGCCAUUGCAGAUGGAAGAGUAGAAGAAAUUAAACAAAAGAUUACAGAAGCUGGCUUUGGCAUUGCGGCAGAAGAGGAGAAGACGUUAACUGAAGAGCAAGUUAGAGAUUUCUACAGUCGCAAUAUAGAACAGCCUGAUUUUGAAGAUUUUGUUACAUUCAUGACUGGUGGACCAUCCCAUAUUCUGAUAGUUUCUAAACCAAAGGAAGUAACUGAUACUGUUCCUCAAUGGAAAGAACUAGGUAGAUCAGAUGAGUGUAUACCUGCAAAGCCUCAGCCUGAAAAGCCAAACAGCUUGCAAGAAGUUUUGGAAUCCGAGAAUAUGUUAAAUUUAUGUGAUGUGGAAGACAGUGUAGAAGAUGCUAGCAGGCAACUUGCCUUCUUUUUCCCAGAUUUUGGUAAAAAGAAGACCAGCCAAAAUGCUGAAAAAACAUUGGCCUUAAUUAGACCUUCUCUAUUAAAGGAAAGACGAAAUUCUAUUCUGAAAAGGAUUAAGGAUGAUGGCUUUACAAUAGCAAUGCAGAGAGAAAUUGUUCUGACAGAAGAACAAGCACGUCAGUUUUACAAGGAACAUGAAAAUGAAGAUUUUUUCCCAACCCUUCUAGAACACAUGACAAGUGGUCCAACCCUUGCACUUGCUUUAAUACGAGAAAAUGCUGUACAACACUGGAGAGAUUUACUAGGCCCAAAGACUCUUGAAGAGGCUAAAGAGAAAAGUCCAGCCAGUUUACGUUCAGAGUAUGCAGUAGACCGUGUACCUCUCAAUCAGCUGCAUGGCAGUGCUUCACCUGGUGAAGCUGAGAAGGAACUAGAAUUCUUCUUUCCUGUGGAACACACUUUGGCAGUUAUCAAACCCACUGCUGUUAAGGAACAUAAAGAUGACAUUAUGCAGAAGGUUACAAAUGCUGGCUUUAUUGUAUCACAGAUGAAAGAAACAAAUUUCACCCAUGAAAUGGCAACACAGUUUUAUAAGGCUCAUGAAGGAAAACCCUUUUUUGACCAGUUAGUGAAUUAUAUGUCUGAGGGUCCAUCAGUGAUAAUGAUCCUAACUAAAGAAAAUGCUGUGGAGGAGUGGAGGCAAUUAAUGGGUCCAACAGAUCCAGACGUGGCAAAAAAAUCUUCUCCUGAUUCUCUUAGAGCUCAAUUUGCACAAGAUAUUUUGCGUAAUGCAGUUCAUGGCUCAUCUAAUAAGGAACAUGCACUGAAGAGCAUUGAAUAUGUAUUUGGAGAGAUUGAUCUGAACAGUCUAAGCCACAACUGA